CAAUAAUAUUUCUUAAUACAUCAUUAGGCUUAAAAUGCAUUAUUUGUAAUUUUAUCAAAAUUUCAGUUUAGAAGAAAAGAUGAAUUGAAUGAUGAAUUCUUUUAAAAUCAUUUCAAGUUCCAGGCAGUGGCAAAAAUUUUUAAAACGUCUGAGGUCGGACUGUGAUCCAGGAUGGUUUGACUGUGGACCAGAUUUAGAAGAUCGUGGCAUAUGUGCAAAAGAUCCAGGUGACCCUACUAAAUGUUAUGAGGAACCACGGGUUGUGAUCAUUGGAGCGGGUAUGGCUGGUUUGUCUGCAGCGGCCAGAUUGAAACAAAAAGGGAUCAACAACAUGGUAGUCUUAGAAGCUUACGAGAGACCUGGUGGAAGAAUACAUUCAUGCUGGAUUGGUGAUGUUGUUGCUGAAUUAGGAGCUAAUUGCAAACCAUCAAAUACACAAGCUCACCCGCUUUAUACGUUAUUUACAUCAGAAAAUCCUCCCCGGCCAGGUGUGCCAGGGGCCGAGCAUCCACGGGGAUUAUUUCGUACAGCUGUUCAAGGGAAAAUGGCCUUUCCUACUACUAUAAGUGCUUAUUAUAAAUUUCGUCAAAUAGAAGAAGAAGCAGCACAGAUUUAUUGUCUUGGUGGUAGUAAGCAGCAAGGCUCACUUUUGAAUUUCAUGAGUAUUCGAAUUCAACAAGAGUUACAUGAGUAUCCUGAAGAUCAACAACAUGAUGCAGCCAGGAUAAUGUUUGGUCUUUCUCACAUGUUGCAUGCGCGCAGCGGUGACGAUAUAGGAAUGGUGUGCUAUGAUAACAUGGGUUGUUUCAUGAAUAUGCCUGGUGGUGACGUUCGCGUUCCUUUAGGAAUGAUGGGCACCUUAGCUCCAAUAUUGAGACAGAUACCAGAAGCAGUAAUCCAAUACUGUAAGCCCGUAACAUGCAUUUAUUGGGGGACCUGUAUGGAUUCUGGAUGUCGUGCAAUUGUUACAACAGCCGACGGAUGUGAAUAUUCAGCUGAUUAUGUUAUACUUACUAUGUCAAGUGGCGUCCUUAAUGCACUUUCUUCUAAACUAUUUUGUCCCGCUUUGCCUGCUUCAAAAGUAGAAGCACUAAACUGCUUAUGUUUAGGUACUUGUAAUAAAAUAUAUCUUGAAUAUUGUCGACCAUUUUGGGUCUGGCACAAAGGAAAUUUAAACUUUUAUAGUGCAAAUUCUUUAUCUGGACGUCCAGAUUGGACUCGUGGUAUACAAUCAAUUGAAGUAGUGCCUAAUAGUAAGCAUGUGUUGUGUGUUAUGGUGUCUGGACCAGACGGAGCGAUGAUGGAGUUACUUUGCGAUAGAGAUAUUGCUGAAGGUGUUACAGAUGUAUUAAGAUCGUGCACGGGUAACCUAUUUAUACCAUAUCCAGUUACAUUGCUCAGGUCAAGUUGGACUUCGGAUCCAUUCUUUUAUGGCGCAUAUUCUUGUGACUGUUCCAAUUCGAAGGGCGAAGUUCAUCGAAAAUUAGCCUGUCCGAUUCCCGGACCGACGGACUCAAUACCACCUAUACUAUUAUUUGCAGGUGAAGCAACAGUACCCGGCUAUAAUGGCACAAUAGCUGGGGCAAGACUAAGUGGUAUUCGAGAAGCAGAAAGAAUUGUUCAAUUAACUCUCAGAUACAAGGGUCCCCCACUCCCAAGUCAGAAACCAAAUGAAAGAAAUAAAAACAUGAAAUGUCAAAGAGCAAACCAAUAAAUAUUUUACAGUGAAACCUGGUUAAGUGAGACAUCAAGGGACCAGCAAUGUCGUUUCACUUAUAGAGGUAUUCCACUUACCCAGUGUCUCAGAUAUACAGGUAUAAAUAAAUAUCUGUCUCAUUUACAGAGGGUUCCAUUAAUAGAGGUGAAAAUACAGGUUAUUUCAGUUAUACAGGUGCGAUCAUUAAAUAAAAUAACGUGUUAUGUAUAUAAAUGAGUUUUAAUAAAAAAAAUAUUAUGUACUUAAAGGUAAUCAUACAAAUGUAAUCAACAAAAAUAUUCAAGCACGUUUUUACACGUAAUAUGUAUGUACGAAUAUGGAAACAGAAUGUAUCAAUUAUAAUUUGCUUAACCCAUGUUAGCAAACACUGUUCAAGUUCAGGAUAUUCUGAUAAACGUACACGUUUUAGUUUUCCUUGUCCUUCAGAACAUUGUGAUUCAAUUUUAUGUUUACUCUGAAUUAUUCUACAAAGAGUAGAUUUUGGCACAUUAAAUUCGGCACAAACUUCUUCGCGUGUCUUCCCACUUUCAUAAACGGAUAUUAACUUCAGUUUUUCACGUAAUGAUAACGAGCUUUGUUUGUACAUGUAGCUUUCGUUGUAGCUUUCGUUUUGACAUUUUUCAAAUAAACAUCUGUAUGAUAGUAAAGCGAAACUAAAACUGAAGGUAAUUGAAGCUCAAAAUUUGUACUUACGUACUUGGAAUUACGUGUGGAAUUUGUGGGUAGAAUAAGAAUGAGUAAACAAACAAUGUUAUCUAUGAUGAUAAAUCGAAAGAACAAAUCCCAGAUAUAGAGGUUUACCUCGUCCCACUAACAGAGGUAAUUCAGUGCCAAAGUGUUGGGACCUCAGCAUGAGUUCCAGUUAUGGAGGUUUCUCACUUAUCCAGGUCCCACUUAACCAAGUUUCACUGUAAAUACUUUAAAUAUUUUGUCUUGGGCAUUGUAUGCAACUUUGUUAAUUUUGUUGUUUGCUUCGUCAACAGUUUUAGUUUGAAACUCCUAUUUUGACGUACCAUCUAACUUGUUUAAAACUAGUCACUAUGCAACAUGUUUGGUUGUUGUUCACACUUGUCUACCGGAAUAUCAUUGUUGUCUUUCCACGUUGUUGCUUUAGAAUUCGUUCCUUUUGUUGUAAAAGUUGUUGUAAUGAAGUUUGCUAAAUAUACCUUAAUAUUCUAUGCUA